AUGCUGAGUGCAGUGGAAGGCAUCUUUAUUGCUAUUACAAUUAUUGAGUCCAUUCUGGGAUUUUUAGGGAAUGGGUUAAUUGCACUUGUGUACUGCAACGACUGUGUCAGAAAUAAGCGCACUAUUCUUGGCUUUAUUCUCACUGGCUUAGCAAUUUCGAGAAUUUGUCUGAUAUGGAUAAUAAUAAUAGAUGGAUUAAUGCACGUAUUGUCUCCAGAUGCCUAUUACUCUAGUAGCCAAAUUGAAUAUAUUGGUUACAUGUGGGUAAUUAUCAAUCAUUCCAGUGUCUGUUUUGCCACCAGCCUCAACAUCUUCUAUUUCCUGAAGAUAGCAAACUUUUCCCACUACAUAUUUCUCUGGUGUAAAAUGAGAAUCAGUAGAAUUCUUCCUCUUCUGAAAGGAUUCUUGCUUAUUUCAUUGGUAAUUACUCUUCCACAAGUCACGAAGGUUUUUCAUGAUGAUAAAAUGAAGAAAAGAAACACAACCUGGCAAUUCAACAGAAAUAAAAAUGAAUACAUUUAUCAACAACUUUUGCUAAAUCUGGGAGUCAUCUUCUUCCUCACACUAUCCUUAAUUACAUCUUUUCUGUUAAUCAUUUCCCUAUGGAGACACAAUAGGAAGAUGCAAUUGAACGCCACAGGAUUCAGAGACCCCAGCACUGAAGCUCAUGUGAAGGCAAUGAAAGUGCUGAUAUCUUUCAUCAUCCUCUUUAUCUUGUAUUUUGUAGGCUAUGCCAUAGAAAUAUUAUAUUUUAUUGUGCCAAGAAACAAUUUGCUGUUAAUAUUGGGAAUGACAACCACAGCCAUCUAUCCCUGGGGUCAUUCAUUCAUCCUAAUUCUAGGAAACAACAAACUAAAGCAGGCCUCUUUGCAGGUACUGCAGCAAUUCAAGUGUUGCGAAAAAGGGGGAAAUCUUAAAGAGAAAUGGAUGUUCUAG